AUGGCGCCCAUCAAAUCACCGAAAUCCAAUUCCAGUAGUAGUAGUCAUGGCGAGGGCGUUGCCCGCCGGGCCGAUAUCCUCGCCAGCUGCUAUCUUCCGAGUGGUAUUCCUGAGGUCCCUUCGACGGGACUUCCAUCGCCGCCAUCAAGCCCCCCCCUCGCGGCCCUCACGACGACCAACCAGCUGGCGCUGACCCCCAAGGCGAGGUCAUCAUCAUCUAGCGCCAGCAACAACGUCGGUCGCGCCGCCGCCGGCACUACGGCUCACGCCGACAGUGCCUGGCACCGCCGUCGAGGGGGGGCAGCACUGCGCAUCAGGGAAGAAUGUGAGAGGUUCUUCUGUGAGACGCUGCGCGCCAUGUUUCUGGGUGAGAGGAACGCGGCGCUGCACGGCUCCGGCCUGGCCAGUGUGUAUAACAACAACAAUAACCACAACAACAACAGCAGCAACGGCCGCAUCGGCCUCACGUCUGCCGUCCGGCGCAACGAGCAGCUGACGCCGCCCGACGACUACCCCAUCACGGGUGACACCGUGAUGGCUUAUCGUAGCGAGAUGGGCCGCGGCACCGUCCUCGGCUGGCUGGAAAUAUGGGACUACGCCGGCGGAUCCAGCUUCCGCGGCUUUGUCGCCGACGACUCGAGCCGAGGCACCAAGUCCAUGUUCGUCUUCUUUGACGCGCACUCCAUCACUCGCGACUUGAGGCAGGCGGUCGUCGCUCUGAUCGAGCUCGCCGAGAGCGCUCUCGGGUGCACGCACAUGGUCAUCUGCAUCGAGCGCUCGAUGCCCGAGGAGGAAAGCAAAGCCUUGAUCAAGGGUCUUCAAUGGGCUAACUUCUCCUUGACCACGCUGGACUUCUGGUCGUCUGGGUUUGACCUCGUCAGCAGUCGGUGGUUAUUCAUGGGCAUGGAGGUGUAG